AUGAAGAACGAACUGGAACCGUUUGGCGGAAAGGUAAUGGUGUUCAGCGGAGGCCACCGCCAGAUUUUACCGACACCUGGUGCAGGGAUGCGUCCGAUACAAUUGUCACCACAACGACGAAAAAUCUCUGCUGCUGUCCAAAUGUCCAAGCACCCUUCCUCCAUCACGCCACGUCGACGGCUCAAAUCCAACGCAUCACACUCGAAUCUCCUUCGUCGGCUGCUGGCUUUCAUGCGCUUCUUUAAACGAAUCUCGGUCAUCGUUCAACGCUUAACACUCGCUCGCCCAAAAGCUAUAAUUGCUGUAAUGUAUACGCCCGGUGCACAGUUCACCAACGAACUCGACCGAAUGGAGCUGUUACCACCUUCACUCCCUCGGCAGAAAGAUAUCGGCGGCACUCAUGGUAUACAAGAGCAGACAGAGGAUACUGGGCUGGCUGACAAGGCUGUCGCGUGGAUGCUCGCUCCUGUAUUCUUCUGCUGUGUCGUGGCCGAGAAAGCUAAGCCACCGCACACAUGGAAGCCACCGAGGUCUUCAGCCGAGUCGUCAUUUCUUUUAUGCUGAAGUUGUUUGUAUUAGCGAAGGAUCUGCCGUGGGAACAGUUCAAGGGGUCUGGAAAAAGCCAAGUAAGGGCCUCCCGCGAAGCCGCAAAACCAUUUUCUUCGAAGUAAACGAUAAUUAUUGAAUAAAGCAGCGUUUAGAGUACACUGCCAAAGCUUUCUCCAUGCUGUGCGUGAUCAGUAGGGAAAGUAGCGUACCUACAGCGGUUUUCAA